UUCUUCAUCGUUGAUAAAAUGGCGUCUGGGUUGAGAUAUCAUAUAAAAAUUAACGAGCUACAAAAUGAAAUCAGUAGAAGAAAUGAUUUUACUGAAUUGUUUAAACGUGAAUAUUUCAUAGCUGCACGUAAAAUUCAGGUUGCCGAAUAUAAAAUAUAAUUAUUUAUAUAAAUAUAUAUGUACUAUAAUUUGUAUACUAUUUUUGUAAACAAAUAGGACUCCUAUUUCUUAAGAACUUAUCUAAAAACUUAUCGAAGAAAAUACGCAUUAAAAAAAUAUAAUAUAAUUUUUUCAAUUAUCGGUGAUAUUUUUUCGUAUAAUAGGCUUGGUUUCGUGGCAAUGUAACAAGAAAACAUUUAUUUAUGCUUCAUAAAGAAGCAAUAAUCAUUCAGUCUAAUUGGCGUGGGUAUUAUGUAAGAAAUAAUUUUGAUAAAGUUAUAAUAAGCAAAGUACAUCAAAUGUGGGAAGAUUAUUAUAAUUGCAUGGCAACACGAAUCCAAGCAUUGUGGCGAGGUUAUUGGAUUAGGAAAACUUAUUCAAACUUCUAUGAAAGAAUGAGAUGGUUAAAUAACGUAUAUGCAAAAAAUGAAGAGAUUAUAGAAACCAUGCAAAAGUUUGUAAUAAUUUUUUAUAAAUCAUAUCAAUAUUUAAUUCAUAAUUGUAUCCACAGAUUCAAAGAGAAUGAGAUUAAUUAUAUCAGAAAUGUUCUGGAACGGGAAUCAUUACUAUGGAUUUUAUUUAUACUUUUUAAGUUACAUCAUUUGCUGAGAACAAAAGUUAGACCAGGUGUAAUCACACGAAUUGAUCAAACUAAUUUUACUUUAAUUGAGAAGAUGUUAAGAUGUUUAAAAUAUCAAUUUUAUACACCAAAAAAAUUAACCUUUUGUGAUCAUUAUGAAUUAGAAAAGCAAUUUCCAUCGAUUUUCCAUGGUACUUUUCUUGCAAGAUGUGAAAAAGAAAUUAGAAAUUUUGAGUACAAAUUAAAGACUGGGAACAUAUCAAUAUACAGAAGUUAUUCUUAUACCAAAGAGGAAAAAUUGAGAAAUAAAUUACAAAAUCUUGGUCAUGAUUUUAUAAAAACAUAUAAUAAUAAACAUACUGUUUCAAUGGAAAGCAUAGAUAUAAACAGCAAAAAAUGUAUAAAGCAAAAAACAGUUUUGUAGUACAUAUAAAAGUAAAUUAUUAUAUUCAUGAAUCUGAUAUAUUUUUAAAUUUACAAUUAUAACAAGUAUUACUAUUUAAUAAAUAAUCUUAUUUUUUCAUUAUUGUUUCAUUAAUAACUUCAAAUAGAUAAAGAAAGAAUAGAUAAGCAAUUGUUUAAAAUGAUCUGGACUUACAGAAUAAU